AUGCUCCCGCUACCAACUUCAUUUGCUCUUCCUCGCAAAUCCUCUCUAGCCCUACUCGAUCCGCAAGCACCGCGCGCUGUUCUCACCUCCGUUCCCUGCCGUCCCGCAUUCGCCAUGCCCAGCCACCUUGCGAGUCGCGACAGAUUGGAGCAGCUCUGCUCGCGAGUUACAAACGCCGCCCUCCUUUGCCAUCGAGAUGUUUCAUCGCAUCCCAGCGGAUCUUCAAAUCCCACCAAAUCGCCAGAUCCAAUCGGUUCUUUCCUAGAAAGAACGUCGAAUAAUGACGGCUCGUUUCUGGAGGGUUCUUCGGAUCCGGUUUUCCGAUUACUCGAAGAACGUCACGAUCUUGAUGAUUUUGGCGGCUUGGGUUGUUUCGCGGUCUCCCUGCCGACGGAAAACGUGUUCGCGACCAGCCUACCCCGUGACGGUCGUCUGCUAGAGUUGACGGCUAGGGGUUUGGAAGACAUUCUCGCGAUUCGGCUUUCUGCAGCUGAUCUGGCGGGAGCGUCAGAUUCUGUUGCCGUGCCGUCCGCUCGAAGCGCCUGUGAGGAUCUUGCCGCUAGCGUUGCUGCUGACGUGGCAGAAAAACCUGCCAGUGAGGAUCUCGCCAGCGUGUCAGAUCCCGACAGUGAUUGGAUCCUGCGGUCACGCGACUGGCUGCUUGAAACGCGGGAUUCGCUAUUGGAACGCAAAUACGAGGUCACGGCAUUCACGACUCGCGAAGGGUUGGACCUUUGGUCGCUCGCCGCGCAGUGCGCCAACCCGUACGAGCUCCUUGCUGACGUGGCGUCGCUAAACCCCAACCCCGUAGCGGCAUCGACCUCCGCGUCGGCCUCUGGAAUCCCGGCCUCCCCCAUCGGCGUGUCCCCCCAUCCCAGUUGCGCUUCCCCGCAACCCUCAAGCUCUUCCCCCCAACCCAUAAGCGCUUUCCCCCACGCCUCCCCCGCCCUGCGCGCCAUCAGCCGCGCAUUCUUUAAAAUGGUCGAAAUGGCGCGCCUGUUCCGCCUGCUGGGGGGAGCCGAAGGGGGAACCGCUUCCCAGGAACUUCUCCUGAAGGUUACCGCUUCCCCCGUUUCCCCUCCUCCGCCCCACCCGUUUGUCUCCGCGCACCUGUUCGAGAAGGGAGGGACCCAGAGUGGGGAGCGGGGAGGGGGGGGCAAAGCGUGUAAGAGCAGGAGGAAGAGCGAGAAGAAACGGUCCAAGCAGCAGCAACAGCAGGUCACAGGGGAGGUGCAAGCAGUCACAGGUCAGGUGCAGCAGCACCGCUCGCCUCUGCGCCCUGUCAACCAGCAGCCCCCUCUGAUGCCUGCCUCUGCCGUUGUUCCCACCAAUGCCUUUCACUCUCCUCUCCCUGCGCCUCACCCUGCUUCCCAUCCUGCCGUCCACCCUGCCGUCCAUCCUGCCGUCCACCCUGCCGUCCACCCUGCCGUCCACCCUGCCGUCCACCCUGCCGUCCACCCUGCCGUCCACCCUGCCGUCCACCCUGCCGUCCAUCCUGCCGUCCACCCUGCCGUCCAUCCUGCCGUCCACCCUGCCGCCCAUCCUUCCUCGUACUCUGUCCCGCACCCUGCCCCCUCUGCUGCCUCUGCCGGCCCUGGGCAUGCGCCUGACUUUGUGCUGGGGCUGCUAGGGUGGCAGGGAGGGGUGCAGGGAGGGGCGCAGGGAGGGGCGCAGGGAGGGGCGCAGGGAGGGGCGCAGGGAGGGGCGCAGGGAGGGGCGCAGGGAGGGGCGCAGGGAGGCGGGCAAAUGGUUAACGGUGGUGCGGGUAUCUUGGGCAAGUAUGGUGGUGCAGAGAAGGACGGGGGAUGCAAUGCUGUUGGGUUAAAGGAGGGGGAAGAGGAGGGAGAGGAGGGAGAGAAUGAGGAGAAGGAGCACUGUGCCCUCUGCAGUCCUCUGCACAGCUCUGCUUCGUUACAGUCACACUCGUUGCAGGCACAAUCUAAGCUGCUUCCACAGUCGAUCGUUUCGCCCGCCAUCAGCUUCCAGGCAGCUUCCUUCCUGUCCCACGGUCACGUGCUGUACGGCACGGACGGCACAGGGGACUUGACUCGUCAUGCCAACGUGGCAGCCUUCGCUGCUGACGUCAUCCGGGGCAGCCACGUGGUCGGGGGGUUGAACGGUUCAGCAGGCUGCCAGGCUGGCAAGCCUGAAGCAGAUGGGGGGUUGGACAGCUCAGUGGACUGGGACCGACAGGAGGCCAUGCACGCCCGCCUUGUCUUCUGCCAAGUGCACGCGGCUCUCAAGCUGCUGGCGCCAGGGGGCACGUUCAUUCUCAAGCUCCUGGGCUGUUCACUCCUCUCAACAGCCUCGCUCCUCGCCCUGCUCGCCCUCUCCUUCCGCUCCCUCCACCUCGUCCGCCUCCGCUCCUCCCGAACCUGCAACGCCGAACGAUACGUGGUGGCUCGGAGAUUCAAGGGAAGGAAUGGUCGCCGGACGUCUGCCCACUCCCGUCCCCCCACAUUCGUCUCGCGAACGUCGCCAGCGCCGUUCGCGAUCGUCGCGAUGGCGAGUCAGAAGACGGUGGCGACGGUGAUCCGGCUGGUGAUCAACGCGGGCCAGGCGAAGCCCGCUCCCCCUGUCGGGCCGGCCUUGGGCCAGCACGGGCUCAACCUCAUGGCCUUUUGUAAAGACUUCAACGCGCGCACACAACACAUCAAACCGGACGUGCCCAUUCCUGCACUGAUUACGGCGUACUCGGAUCGUUCGUUUGAUUUCAUAAUCAAAUCCCCACCCACGUCCUACUUCCUUAAGCGGGCGGCGGGGCUGUCUCUGGGCGGCGGGGAGGCGGGGCAUCAGGUGGUGGGCGAGGUGUCGUUAAAGCACGUGUACGAGAUCGCCAAGAUAAAGCAGCAGGACCCUGGGUGCAGCUACAUUCCUCUCGAGUCCAUCUGUCGAUCGGUCAUUGGCACGGCUAGGUCCAUGGGGAUUCAGGUGAAAAGAUCACUAGAGGUCCCCAGCACGAGCAGCUGA